ACAAUACAUUGAUUUAAAAUGGCUGGGCUAUAAUCACAUUUCGAAGCGUUUCGGAUACGCGGUGUUAAGAUGAUAAAUAAUACUAAAAAUAUAGAUUAUCAUUGCUCAUGUAUCUAUCAACAUAAUAAAUAAAAUGUUAUCUUCUGAAUUUUAAGCUUUGGAUUUUAUGUCUCCUAUUUUUCAUAAAGUUUAAUCUGAAUUCAUUGGAUGUUCUACGUAAACAAGUAUAAAAUUCAUUUUAGUUUUAUCAAGAGUGUAAAACAAAAUGUUUCCCUUUUGAAAAAUUUUUUUGAACUAACCUACCUCAAAUUUCAAUAUGCCGAGAUCAACUGCUGAAACAUUAAAGCAAAUUCAGAAACAAGGCUUGUCAAUAUCCAUUAUUAGUGCUGAUUCUCCAAAACCUGUUGCAGUGGAAACUGGAUCUAAAGAAAUGAGACCUAAACAAAUAGCAGUUGUUAGUGAAACUCUUCCUAUUAAUUCACGUUCUGCAAGUUCAACUGAAAAUAAACCUACUGUUUCUCAAGUCAGACAAAUUUCCAAUGCAACUGUAGAAACUAGAUCAACUACCCAGUCUGCUUCAUUAGCAAAUCAGACUGCACAGACUGGAGCCAACAAUAAAUUAUCACCUGUCUCUUCAACUUCAGAAAUGAAGUUACAGUCAUCACAAAAAUUGAAUAAUCCAAAUUCAGUUGAAAAUAAAUGUCAAUUUUCUGCUUCAAAUCGCAAUGCUCAAACUGAAAAGAACCAAUCUAAUGUUCGCCAUCCGCAAAAUGCUUCAGUCCCUGAAAACAAGGCACAAAGUAAUAGAAAUAUGUUAACCUUCAGUGGGGCUCUUGAUGUUAAGCCUAACCGAAACAUUCCUGUUGAAUCUAAAACUUCAAUAAUUCACCCUCGAACUCAAAAUCAAAAUGUAACAACUGACAGUAAAACUAAUUCAAACCAAAGCAGAUUGGUAGUUGCCUCUCCACCUUUAGAAGGUAAAACAAAUAGUAAUCCCGGAAGACUAUUAAGCCAAAGCAAUUCUACACCAGUACUUGAUAAGAGUAUUGGAAGAAAUCAGCUAUUGGUGACAGAAAUAAAAACUCCUAAUCAGUGUAAAAUAAUUCCUGUUAAGCAAAGUGAUAUUAAAACUGCUAGUGCACCUAAAGGUCAUCAGAAUGUUAAAGUGAUAACUCAACCAAGGGCUAUUUCUCAGUUUCAACCCAGUGCAGUUCGAGUUAGUGCUAAUAGCAAUAAUGGUAAACCAAUAGUUAACAAAUCUUCUGUAAAUGCAAUAUCAGAGCAUUCUUUACAUAAUCCUUUUCGUGUUGCAUCAACAUUGGUAAAAAAUGAUGAAAAAUCAAUAUAUAAAGUCACAAAGGUGACUCCAAAUGCUGCCACAUCAGAAAGUCAAUCUUUUCAACCAAAAAAAAUUAUCAUACCUCUAAAAUCUGAGAACAAACCAGUUAAUCAGAGUGUAAAAAUUUCGGAAUUGCCACCUGAACUUCUUCAAAAACCUAUCCAUAUUGAAAACUCAUCUGAAGCUCAAUCAACUGGUGUAAAUAUUAUGCCUAAAACUUCUGUUAAACGAGUGGCAGCUGCCACAAGCACUCCAGUAUCAGCCAACACAAGAAAAUAUAUUAAAAUAGCUUCUUCAAGUGUCUCUGAUCAAAGUGGCAGUCAAUCUGACAUAAACGCUUUAAGUUCAGAUGAGAGUCCUGUAAAAGAAAAAAAAGUUUUUAACUUAAGAUCUAUUACACCUGGCUUAACAAUAACUCCUGUUCAAACAUCAACUCCAAGUGCAAGUACCUCUACUAAAAAGCCUGUUGAGUCUAAUCAGAAUAUAAUUGUAAUAUGUCCAUCAUGUAGCCAGUGUUCUUAUAACAUGACUUCUUGUGAUUCUUGUCAUGAAGUAUUUACUUCCACACCUGUUAGAUAUCAUCUUAAAAAUGCACAAGCAGAUUCAGCUUCAAUUGUUGUGACACAGAAUGUGACAACAAAUAUUCAAAAAACGAUGAAUGUUGUUUACCACAUUAGUCCAAAUCAAAAUUUCAAAUUUCAACAGACUCAACAACUUGUUAAAGUAUCUCCGAGACGGGGUCGACCUAAAAGGCGUUACGUUGAGCCAGUUUGCUACACAUUAUCUUCAGAUGAAGAAGAAGCUUUACCAUUUGAGUCCAUUCCAGAUGAUAUUAAUAGGCAGAUAUUAUAUUCUCAUGAUCUAGAAGAAAAUCCUGAAUCUGAACAUUCCAGCAAUUCAGAUAUGAUGCAAGAAGAGAAUCCAGAAUUCGAUGACCCGCAAUAUCCCGGAGUAACCAGAAUAGGAACCCGAUUUGUAUCAAAACAUGGAUUGAAUCAUGACAUGGAAGAGGGAGAAGAAGAUGAGGAGCAGGAAGAUGAAGAAAUGGAACAUGAGAUGGAAUCAGAAGAGGAAUUGAUGGACGAGGUAGGACUAGAACAACCCGAAUUCGAUGAAGAAGAUGAGGAAUUGGAAGAGGAGGAAGAAGAAGAAAUCCCUCCUGAUGAGGAAGAGAGAUUUAUGCCCCAAUUUAAUAAAAUGCAGUCUUUAUUGCCCAAGAAAAUUGUUUUGAAAUGUAGAAGUAUUAGGAUCGGUUCUUAUAAAAUUCACCCUGAAGAACACACGAACUCUCUUCAUGUAACAAUAACUGACAGAAGUUUAUAUUUCUUAGCUCCACUUAUCACUGAUAACAAAACAUUUGUUCAAAUAAUGCUAAUGGCUACAGAUGUAGGAAAUAUGUUGAUUCACUUUGGAAAGUGUCUACCAAUCAUAUUUGUAUUAACGACUGAAAGUUUUGGAGAAUAUGUCAGAAGAACUUUACAUAUGAACAAGUCUCAUAGUGAACUUUUUUUGCCCAAAUCAAAUGAUUUUAAGAAAAAUAAGCUUACUUUCCUCAUCGAUUCUUUGACUGAUGAUCAACGUACUUUUAUGCGCCAAAUUUUUCCUGGCAAAAACAAAAUGCAAGAAAUUGAUCAAAAAGAAGCUAAUGAAAUAUUAGUGAAAUCUACUCCUAAUGUUACAAAUGUUGUUAAAAUCACGCAAGAUUCACAUGUUUCUUCUUCACCAUCUUCACAAGCUGCAAUCACUGUUGCUGGACUUCCCCCGGGUUUAUCUUCACAGGCAUUGUCAAUUACUAAAGUGACUGUCAAACCAGGACCUCCAGCACCUGUUGUGAAAAUUCUAACAUAUCCACCACCACCUCAAACUGGUGGCAUAGCAAUAAAUACUGCUGAUUUGGCUACUCUAGAAGAAGGAGAAUUUUUAAAUGAUGCAAUUUUAGAUUUUUAUUUAAAAUAUGUAUUUUAUGAAAAACUGUCACCUCGUGAUAGAGAAAAAACUCACAUAUUUAGUUCAUUCUUUUAUCCACGAUUGACACAAAAACCUGAUAGGAUAAGAGCAGGAGAUGAUGGACCGAAAACCAUGCAAGUAAGAAGGCAUAAUCAAGUGAAGACAUGGACAAAACAUGUGGACAUCUUUUCUAAAGAUUAUAUUGUCAUACCUGUGAACCAACAUAAUCAUUGGUUUUUAGCUUUUAUUUGUUAUCCUGGUCAUAUUCCAGAUCCACCAGUGGAAAAAGCAGAGCCUAAAACUGCCAAAGCAACCGAUAUAGUUACUUCGUCGAAUGACCAUGUAACGAAUAAAGUAAUAAUUAAAGAAGAAACUAGUAUUACGGAAGAUUCCCAAACCCAAGCUGAUAUUGUAAAUAAUGAUUCUUCAUAUGAGGUGGAGGAGCCUCCUGAUUCAGAUGAAGAUGAUUCAUCAGAGCUUCCCGAAAGGAGUCCUAAUAAUAAUGUUACAUAUUAUGAAGGUGGUCGAAGAAAAGAAACACCUUGCAUUUUAAUUUUUGAUUCAUUAAGCGGACCAAAUAGGUGGAGGAUCGCUUCAACUUUAAGAGAAUACUUGGAAAUGGAGUGGAAAAUGAGAAAAGGAACCAGGAAAGUAUUUGAUAAGAGUACAAUGCAAGGUUUUAUAGUAAAAUGCCCUCAACAAACUAAUUUUAGUGAUUGUGGUUUAUAUGUUCUGCAAUAUGUUGAGAGCUUUUUUGAGAAUCCCAUAACACAUUUUGGUAAUCCUAUGGAUGUAACAAGCUGGUUUACUGAUACAAAAAUAUCCAAGAAACGUCAAGAAUUGAAAGAACUUAUAUUAAAUCUUCAGAAAAAAUAUCAAACUAAACAAACUAACUUAAGUGGUGUUACUAUUAAGAAAAUAAUCCAACCCUCUGCUUCUCCCAUAGUUUCAUCUACACAAACAGAUAAUAAUAGAUGAUGAAUUAGAAACUAUGACAUUAGAUGAACUUUCAACUUUUUCUCUAUUGCAAGGAGAGAGCUUGCGUGAAACACUGUGAAUAACUCAUAAUUCAAAACUCUUCAACAAGGAGAUAUUUUAUAUCUGUACUAAAAUAAGUUGUAAAUAACGAAGCCUUUGUUUUAUGAUUUUCAUGUCUCUGUUAUGUACUAUAAAAUAAUCACUAAGGUAAUUGUAUUGGGGGUAAAAAUUGUGAAACCACGAUUUUCUCCAAAGGUAAAAUUUCUUUUCACCUUUAUCAGUGCUUGGUUUGCUACAAUUAUCUAUUUUUUAAAAGACAAUAAUAAAUAAAUCCCAAAUUUCAACUGUGUAAAUGUUUGUUAUAUUUUAAUAAUUUCAGAUAUUGCUGUAACCAGGGUUCUCAUUGGUCGAUUAAAACCUGGAAUUCCUUUAAGAAUUUGAUUUCUUCUCAGAAGCAAUAAAAUGCCUUUUCCCCCUCACUAAAAUAAUGACUAAAUUUUAGACAUAGUGGCAACAGCAGUAAACAGUCAUUAAGAUCAAUUACAAUUAUUCCAUAUUGCUGCACUGUAGUUUUUAUUCCAUUUUUUUUUACUUUGUUUCUCAUAAAAUCCAAUGUUUCACAUAUAAAUAUAUUUUUUUUCCUCGAAAAAUUGUAUUGCAUAACUAACACAUGGACAGACAGGGGAUUUCAUUUCUGAAGUAAUGUGGAAACCCUGUAUAAAUUAUUAAAAUUUACCUCGCUAAAUUUUGCAAGCUUCAAAAGUUAUUUGAUUUCGUUAAUUACCUAAUUAAUUUUUUAUUUGUAUUAUAUAUUUUUGGGGGAAGAUACCAAGAUCUUUGAUUUUUAUAUGUGACUGUUGAACUAUAUAGUUUCUUGAAAAUUGUUGCACGAUGUUUUAAAUUUUUAUAAUCUUGGGGAAAAUUGAGUCUAAGAGUUACUUGUGUAUUGUCAUGCUAAUUAGCAAGGAAACUCCAUUUUUUUCUUAAUGUAGAAUCAUAUAUUUAUUAUACAUUAUAUUUAUUAAAAUAUACCAACCAUAUUAAUGACUUUAGUCCUAAAAACCACAUUGCUAAUUUUUAGGAAGUUUUUCCUUUACUGUAGAGGACAAUACUUCUUUAAAGACUUUUGCUAAUUAGCUUGAUGAUAUAUAGUUUUCAUUCAGUGAGAGUCAUUAUUUUUAGAAUCUGAACUAGAUUCUGAAUAGGCUGUUAGUCACUAUUGAAGAGAUUUAACUUAUUUAGGGAUUAUUAUGUAUCAUUACAUGUUUAUAAUUGUGGUUUGAUGUUUUGAAUAUCAAUGCAUUUUUUAUGUUAAAAAAAUAAAAGUUAUUAAUAGUAAUUUUGUUUAAUUUUUUUGCUACAGGACAAAUGAAAAAUGCUGAUGCAACUUAAUUGGAAUAUAUAUAUACAGUAUACUUUAAAUAUCUCGAGCUACUAUAUCUCAAAAACCUUAAUAUGUGCGAAAAAAUAUUUUUCCUCUUGGCAUUACAUAACUAGUUCAUGUUAAUUUGAAUUCCUGUGUCGAAGAGUUUCUUCUCAAUACCUCGUUAUGUCGAAUAUUUUUUUGUUAUAGAAAAUGAAUUUUUGGGUGAAAAAACAACAAUGCAAGUUCAUUGUAAACCAAUACUUUUCUCUUUAAUGUACAAUUUUUCUCUUACUUUUAAAAAUUAUUGCUGUAUUUAGACUUACCAUCAACUAUUAUUUACAUACAGAAUUAUUAGUAGUUAUUUCUUAUGUUUCCUGACUCCACUUUUUAGAGUACUAUUUUGGAAUAUAUUUUUCUACUCUUUCAAACAUAUUUCGCUCUGAAUUUGUUAUCUCGAAAUUUUUAGCGUUCCUUCAACUUUGAGAUUUUUUUCCACAAUUCAGAUUAAUUUGAAAUCUGAUUCAGGGGAAACAUUUUACUGCUAUCUAAACUGAUUAAAAUGAAUUAAUAUUAAAAUCAAAGAUUUUAUGAACAUAAAGCUAAGCCAACUUAGUAACGGAUUUUACACUAUUUUUUAAGUGGCUCCAAAAACCGUUAUAUGAAGAAAGUUUACGACACAUCUGUGUUAAUUAUUUUCUGAAGGCAAACAGAAAAUAAAAAAACAAACAUUUGUAUGCCCAGUUGUACUUGUUUAUUGUAUGAGCACUCAUAUACAGAAAAUAAAAUUUUAGUUCAGCCUUGA